AUGAUCACCAUUGAAAACAACAUGAAUACCGGCACCACACAAAGAGCUCCCAAGACUCCGAAACCAACUGCCUCUGUGCCAAUGGUUCAAAAUAAACGCUGGCCCCCUAUGGCAAACCGAAACGCCCUUCCUUACAAACUCACGCACCUGUCGAAAGAGAAGCUUGCCCGUGAAGCCACCGCACCAGACCCUGAUCUUCGCCGCUGCGUGGCACACUUUCGCCUGCACUGUGGUUCCGUCUCCUGGACCGAGAAUGACAUGAAGUCUCGGAUCAGCUCAUUCGAUUUCGAGGAUACCGACGAGGAAGACGAUGUGGAAGAGUUCAACAUAGAACUGCCUGUCAUCAGGAACAGAGUUGCAGCCAACGAGACUCCAGUCAAAAUCACGGAACAAAUAUCAAUUACAGCAGAGCCCGUCGCUAUUUCGACAACCCCUGCAACCCCUACACCAAAAACGUCGCCUGAAAAUUCCCCCGAACAUGGUUUUUUGGAAAAGGGUCGUAAUUGUCUUGAGGCGACCUCCAAACACCUAUGGACAGGGGGAUCUUGCAUGGUUUCCCCAAUCGCGGGUUGA